AUGACUGAUGCAGAAGCUGAGGUCGCACUCCCGACGAUCAACAGAAAACCAGGCCUUCAGAUAUGGACCAUAGAGAAAAUGAAGAUGGUGGCUGUUCCUGAAAGGGCCUAUGGGAGCUUCUUUGAAGGGGACUGUUACAUCAUCAUAAACAACAAGAAAACCCGGACUGGAUUUUCCACCGACCUGCACUACUGGAUCGGCCGUGAUUCCUCGCAAGACGAGCAGGGAGCAGCGGCUUUCUAUGUGACUCAGCUGGAUGACGAACUUGGGGGGAACCCUGUGCAACACCGAGAGGUGCAAGGACACGAGUCGGAGACCUUUAAAAGUUAUUUCAAGAAUGGCAUCAUCUACAAGAAGGGAGGAGUUGCGUCAGGGUUCAAACAUGUGGAGACCAAUGUGUACAAUAUCAAACGUCUCCUUCACAUCAAAGGGAAGAAGCACGUGGCGGCUACGGAGGUAGAUCUUACGUGGGACAGUUUCAAUAAAGGAGACGCCUUCCUGUUGGAUCUUGGCAAGGUGUUGAUCCAGUGGAACGGGCCCUUGUGCAACGUUACAGAGAAAUCGAGGGCAAUGGCUUUGGCACGGAGCAUCCGGGACGGAGAGCGAGGCGGGCGUGCUCAGAUCGGCAUCAUUGACAACGAAAAAGACUGCCCGGAGCUCAUGCAGAUCAUGAGAGCUGCACUCGGCGAACGGCACCGAGAUCUCAGAGAGGCGAUGCCCGAUGCUAAAGCUGAUGAGCUCCAGAAAGCCAACGUCCGUCUCUACCACGUUUAUGAAAAUGGGAAGGACCUGGUGGUUCAAGAAAUUGCUACACGGCCCCUUACACAGGACCUCUUGCAGCACGAGGACUGUCACAUUUUAGAUCAAGGAGGUUUUAAGAUUUACGUCUGGCGGGGAAAAGAUUCCAGCAAAGAAGAAAAGGCAGCAGCAUUCAGCCGAGCUGUGGGCUUCAUCCAAGCCAAAGGGUAUCCUCCCACCACAAAUGUAGAAGUCAUAAACGAUGGAGCAGAGUCAGCCAUGUUUAAACAGCUCUUCCAGAAGUGGACAGAAAAAUACGAGGCUCAAGGGCUCGGCAAGACCUACAACGUUGGCAAGAUCGCCAAGGUGGAUCAGCUGAAAUUUGACAUCACUGAGCUGCACGCGAGACCAGAAUUAGCCGCCGAGGAGAGAAUGGCAGAUGAUGCCUCCGGAAAAGUCGAGGUGUGGAGGAUUGAAGAUCUAGAAAUGACCCCUGUCAGUCCCAGGAGCUACGGGCAAUUCUAUGGUGGAGACUGUUACCUCAUCCUGUACACCUACACAAAAUCAGGCAAACCUCAUUAUAUUAUCUACAUGUGGCUUGGCCGCCACGCUUCUGUGGAUGAAAUAACAGCAUGUGCUCUCCAUGCUGUGGAGCUGGACAAGAAAUACGGUGACGAGCCAGUGCAGGUUCGCGUGACGAUGGGGAAGGAGCCACGGCACUUCCUGGCCAUCUUCAAGGGGAGUUUGAUCAUUUAUGAGGGUGGCACAGGGCGCAGCCAGCCAAGUGAGCCGCAGCAAGCUGUCCGGCUCUUCCAAGUGAGGGGCACGGAUGAAUUCAACACCAAAACCAUUGAGGUUCCAGCCCGAGCCUCCUCCCUCAACUCCAACGAUGUCUUCCUUCUCAAGACCAACCAAGUCUGCUAUCUGUGGUGUGGAAAGGGCUGCAGUGGGGACGAACGAGAGAUGGCAAAGCAGGUGGCUGACAUCAUUUCCAAAAGGGACAAGCAAACUGUUCUAGAGGGUCAGGAGCCAGCAGACUUCUGGCUCGCCCUUGGAGGAAAGGCUCCGUAUGCCAGCGACAAGAGGUUCCAAGAACAGACCACCCACUACCAGCCCCGCUUGUUUGAAUGCUCUAAUCAGACAGGGCGCUUCAUCAUGACAGAAAUUGUGGACUUUGGCCAGGAUGACUUGGAUGAGGAUGAUGUCAUGCUGCUGGACACCUGGGAAGAGGUUUUCCUCUGGAUCGGCAAAGCUGCUAACAACAACGAGAAGCAGGAGUCCAUUUCCUCAGCCAAGGAGUACUUGAAGACCCAUCCAGCGGGAAGAGACUUAGCAACACCCAUUGUCCUGGUGAAACAAGGCCACGAACCGCUGAACUUCACCGGGUGGUUCACAGCUUGGGAUCCGUAUAAGUGGAGUGAUGGCAAGUCUUAUGAAGAGAUGAAGCGUGGCUUAGGAGAUGUAUCUGCUAUCUCAGAGAUCACUGUGGAUCUUAAAAACGCCAACCUGAACAACAGAAAUGCGACUGGUAGCAAGCUGAAAACAAUCAGUCCAGCUGUUUCAGAGAGUGGAACAAGUCCGGAGGCGUCCCAACCUCACUCUCCCAUCAGCAACGUGAACGCCUGCAACAACAAGGCCCCGUCAUGCGCCGCCGGUGGGAAAGGCUCAUUCCCUAGAGACCUGCUGAUCAACAAGCUGUUGGAUGACCUUCCAGAAGGCGUGGACCCCACCAGAAAAGAGUGGUACUUGUCUGACGAGGAUUUUUACGACAUCUUUGGGAAAACCAAGGACGAAUUCUACCAGAUGCCCAAGUGGAAGCAGCAGAACGAGAAGAAACAACACGGACUCUUUUGAGAGGAAGGGGCAUCCCGGCUCUCCUCUCCUUCCUGCCAUUGCUUAGCAUUCAUCUGGGGCAACUCAGCAAGUGAGGGAGGAAGAGA